AUGAUUACAAUGCGCCACGACAAACUUAAAAGUGAUCUCCUCGUUUUAACCACAGUUUCUUUCAAUAUCGGUGGCUCAAGGGUCUUUUUUGCUACCACAAAUGUUAUUGGCACUCCAACUUACCAGAUGAGGAAGAAGACGAACAGUAGUCUUCUAGAGCUCAGAUGGGCGUUGGAAAUCGUCAUGUUCAAAAGCGAAAGUGGUACCAGGGAUGGUGGUGGAGGCAAUAGUGAACCAAUGGUCACAACAGUGGUUGUUUGGUUGGGUGGCAGCGACGGUGCUAAGAUUGUAGUGGUUGCAAGGCUGGUGAAGGUGGAGGUAGUGGUGGGGGAUAAUGGCUUGAUGGUGGUUGCUAUAGUGAUGGUAGAGGUGGGUAGUUCUAGUUGGGUGGUGGAGGGAAACGGAAAAACUUGA